AUGUCUAUGUCGUCUAAAUCCUCUAAUAAUAAAGUAGAACAAAGUAAAAAUUCGGCUCUUAAUAAUAUCGAUACCCAUUUACAAUGGUUACAUAGUUCUUCGAUAUCUGUGUUUAAUGAGUGCUUAGAAGAAAGUAUAGAAUCCUUGAAAUCUAAUUUAGAAGAAGAUGAAAAUAUAUCAAUCAGAACCUGUGAACAAACAGAUCAUAAUAUAGGUACUGUAAUCAAGGGAUCUAAGAGCUUAUCAGCAAUUAUCGAAUCUCUAUCUAAGAAAAGGAUCUCAAUUAAAUAUGGUAAAACAACACAUAGUACUUAUAAAGGUACUAUAAGUAUUGAUUCACAAAAUUCUGCAGGAAUACCUCGAGAAAAAAGUAGGAGCAAGUCUUGUUCUAUUAAUGAAAAUACUAGUUUAAAUUUAAGGAAAUCAAAUACAAAUAGAGGACUUGAGCUAGAGAAAUAUGUAUCAAAUUCAAAUAAUUCAAAUAAUAAGAGGUCAGGACGACAAAAUAACUUUGAAAUAAGGGACAUAUCAAACUUUAUAGAGAAUAGACAUACUAGCUGUAUACAGGUAAACAGUGAUGAUAAAGACUGGAAAAGUAAUGAAUUUGAUUGGAGCUCGGAUCUAUAUAGGAUAAAUGAGAAAAUUUUUGGCAAUAGAUCUUUUAGAGAAAAUCAAAGAGAAAUAAUGAAUGCAAUAAUAAGCCAAAGAGAUGUUUUUGUAAUGAUGCCAACAGGUGGUGGAAAAUCACUAUGUUUUCAACUUCCAGGUUUAAUCCCUCAAAAUCCACACGGGAGUGUUACAGUAGUAGUAAUGCCUUUGCUAGCAUUAAUGGUGGAUCAAAUUGAACAACUGAAUUUACUUGGAAUUAAAUGUGCAGGACUGAAUAGCAAUCAGAAUAAGGAAGUUGUUAAUGCAAUAUAUAAUAGCUUACGUAAUGGAGAUCCACAAACAUGUCCUCAAUUCCUAUUUGUUACUCCUGAAAAGCUAAAACAUUCUGAGGUACUAUUUUCUAUACUUCAUACUUUGAAUAAUCAAUCACGAUUACUUAGAUUUGUGAUUGAUGAAGCUCAUUGUGUGUGUCAAUGGGGAUUUGACUUUAGACCAGAUUACAUACAAUUAUGUAGACUUAGGGAAAAAUUUCCCAAUGUUCCAAUUGUUGCACUUACAGCAACUGCAACUCGUGAUAUUUUAGCAGAUGUUAUACGUCAAUUAAAUAUGGUGAAUCCUGUGGUUUUUGCAUUAUCAUUUGAUCGCCCUAAUCUUCGUUAUGAGGUUAGACCAAAAAUUGGUAAUAAAGCAAAAUUAGUCAAAGAAGUAACUGAAAUAAUCUCAAAGUUUAGUCAUUCAACUUGUAUAAUCUAUUGCCUCAGUCGUAGUGAAUGUGAAGAUAUUUGCAAAGAAUUAAUCAAAAAUGGAAUCUCCGCCACUUAUUAUCAUGGGUCUAUGAAAGAUGAAAAACGUAAUAUUGCCCAGAAACAAUGGAUGAGUGAUGAAAAACAGGUAAUGGUUGCAACUGUUGCAUUUGGAAUGGGAAUUAACAAAAAAGAUGUACGUUUAGUGAUUCACCUUUCAAUGCCGAAAUCACUAGAAAAUUAUUAUCAGGAAAGUGGACGUGCUGGAAGAGAUGGUAUGGAGUCUUUAUGUAUUUUAUAUUAUUCUUAUAAGGAUGUUGUAAGACUACAAGCACUUACAGAUAUUAAUGUCGAAAACUCUAAUAAGAAGUAUAGACGUAAUAAUGAUUCAAAAAAUAGAGGUGAUAAUUCAUUACAUGCUCUAUUAGGUAUUGUAAAAUACUGUGAAGAACAAUAUGAAUGUAGAAGAUCAAUUAUACUUCGACAUUUUGGAGAAAUUUUCGGUGGUUUAUGUAGAGUUCAGUGUGAUAACUGUCGCAGAUUAAAAAUUGAACAACCAAUAAAUAUUGAAGUGAGGGGAAUUGUUGAAUGUAUAAUAACAUCUAUAAAACAUUUUUAUGAAUAUUCUAGACAAAGACCAAAAAAUAAUGGUUUCUUAACAAUUUCUUCCUUAAUUGAUAUUUUGAAGGGGAAAAAAAAAAAGGGUAAAUUUAAUGAUGAGUAUUUAAGAGGAUGUUAUGGUAUUCUUAAUGAAAAUGAAAUAUGGAAAAUAGAGAAUGUUCAGCGUCUUAUUCACAUGAUGGUUAUUAAUCAGUUCUUGUCUGAAAGAGUAAUUCAAUUUAAUAGUGGUGUUAUAGUGGCUAAUUUACAAUUAGGCCCUUUAGCUAACGAAAUAUUUGAACUAGGAAAAAAUCCACAAUUUAAUUCAAUUUCAAUUACCUUAGAAACAACUUACCCAACUCCAUUAUUAGACAACAUAAAAGCAAGAAAUUGCACUAAAAUUGACAAUCUAAAUAUAAAUAUUCUAUCUAACUUUUCCUUUGAAAAUAGUGGCAAAACAGUGACCUCAGAACAAAGUACUGUUAGAUUAGCAUCAAAGAGAGUUAAUAGUAAAAACUCAGGGGGUUCAACUAAAAGACGUCAAAUUUCAUCAUCUAUUGAAUUUGACAAUGUUACACAUAAUACUGAGAAUGAAUCUAUUGAAAACCUCUCUAUAUUUAAUAUAUCCCAAUUCCAAAGUGAUACUUUACCUAAUUGUGACAUAUUUUCAGAAAUAUCCCUCAAAGAUUUGAGAAGUAAACUAAUGACAUUAAGGAGAAAUUUGGCAAGUUCAUAUGGAAUUUCAAAUACAUCGUCAAUUGCAUCAAAAGAAGCAAUUGAUAAUCUAAUAAAUUACUUACCAACAAGCAUAGAUAAACUCUCUAUUCUUCCUGGAUGGGGUGCUAAGCAAAAACUUGAAAGAUUUGGCCCAUCUUUUCUCUCAAUAAUUAGAGAAUUCUUAUUUAUGAAUUGUGUUGACAAAUAUAAUAUAUCAAAUGAUAAAAUAGAAGAUCCAAAUUCAGUUAGUUUAACUUAUCAAUGUCCCAUUGAUCUAAUUAACCAUGAAGAUCUUGACAAAGAAUUGGACUUAAUAGGUUUCUAG